UAUGUAUAUAGUAAAAACACACACUUAACCGGGGCUGUGGCAUCGAGAGCUUUGCUGUGUCCCAAGAACUAGUCGCGAUUACACAAUUAUUUGGCAGCAAGCAGGCAGGAAACAUGAGCAGCGCCGACCAAGACACCACUGUUAUCACUGCCAGCAAUGGCCAUGCGCAGGAGAACGGUAAAAGCAACACCAACAGCAGCAGCAACAGCUCCGCCAGCAACUCCGCCGCCUCCACAACGACGACAACAACAACAGAGACGACGACAACGACAUCAAGCGGCAUUCGCGACAAUACCGAGCAGCUCCAAAUUAUGGGUCAGCUCAAGACCAUUGAGCACAUCAAUGAGCAGCGACGCAUCUUUUUGAAGAGCACCAUCAACGAGAUCAAAGAGGAGAACAGCAACGAAAUGGAAGCGAAUGCGGAUGCGGAUGCGGAUGGGGAAACGGUAAAGCCGCUAGGAAAACUUGCGCCGCCCAAGAGUUUGCCGCUGAAUGUGAAAUAUGCAACGUUGCCAUCGAUAAUCACAUCGGCAACGGUGACAUCACCAACGUCGCCACCACCAAAACCACCAAUGCUUAGCCGUACACGUAGCACUGGCUCCGGUGAUGGACGUACACCACUAACGAACGGUGAUUCAACACUGUUGCUGCGUUCCAACAUUGUCACGGAUACAAAUAAAGCGCCAGCUACAACAACAACAACAACAGCAGCAGCAGCAGCCGACAAAGCAACUACAACAACAACUACAAUAACAACAACAGAGUCAACGGAUCAAGUACAGCAGCCAGCAGCGACCGUAUCGGCCAAACACUAUGAGAGCCUGAUCGAGGAGCUGCGUUGUCCUGGCUGUGCUGGGCCCAUGAAGGCACCAGUGCUGCUCUGCAAGAGCGGACACAGUAUUUGUGAGCAGUGCACCCGCAUUCUGCUCAUGUGUCCGCUGUGUAAGGAGGGAUUCACUAAUUCGCGUUCGUUGACUAUUGAAGCAUUGUGCGCCAAGGCGCAUUUUGGAUGCAGUCAUGCGGCAGGCGGGUGUGCGGUGAGGAUGCCGGUGGCGUUGUUGCCGUGGCACGAGCAGCAGUGCAUCUAUAAGCCGAUGAAAUGCUUCAUGGGACGCGUCUGGGGUGAUUGCAAAUGGCACGGCCGCGAAGUGCAAUGGAAGCAACAUCUGGAGGAGGAGCACACGGACAAGCUAUUUCAAUCGAAUACGGCGGAUCUGGAAUGGAAUAUGGGUGUGCGACGUAAGCCCCUCACUGGCUACUAUGUGUUCGAGGCGCACGACGAAUUGUUCAACUUUUAUGAGAUCUACGAAAAGCAACAGGUGCUAUUCACCAUGACGUGCACAUCGAAUCGACGCGAGAGCAAGUACAAGUAUGCCUACGAGGUGACGCUACUGCAGCCGGACAACGAGGCGCUAUUGUUGACCCAAAAGUUUCCCGUACAUAGUGAAUAUGAUAGGGAUAUACUGAUGGACGGCACCUGUGUCAACAUUAGCCUGUCCGAAUUGGCACGAUUCGUGACCGACGAUAAGAUGCUGCAUUAUCGGGUGACCGUUACGGCGGUUAACUCGCCACGCCGCUUGAAGCCGUCGCGGCAGAGUCUACCAGCACUGCCCCUCGAUUAUCAGCAGGUGAGGAAUGUGCCAAUGGGUACCAAUGGCAAGAGUGUGCCCGCCAGCAUGAUUAUAACGCGAACGUACAAGGAGGCGAUCGGUGAGGUGUCUGCAUCAUCAUCAUCAGUGACGGCAACCACACCGGAUUCCGAGGAGGGCAAUGUCCUGGAGUUGGAACGGAAGUGGGGCACACCCCAGUUACACUUCAAUCGCAAGUAUUUACGAAAUGCGCUUGGUGAGGAUGCCAGCAGCAAUGCUGAACUGAAGGUGGACGAACUGCGACCGCUGCACGAGACGCGCUCGAGCGCAAGUGCCAAUGAGGAUAAGCUAUCUCUGUGCAGCAACAGCACCAGCUAUACCAAAAAGGUAUCCGACACGCUGCGUCGAAGUUUCCGCGCGCUCCGAUCUGAUCUAGUCGAGAUGCGCCCAUUUGCCAAAAAGAAGUCGACCGCGAAGAAGCCAGUAGCAACAGCAGCAGCAGAAACAACAAAUACUGCAUGCUAAAAUAUGUAAAGGAUUUUCCACACAUAUAGGAUAUUUAACUUUGUCUUGAGGCCAAAUUGUAGAAUUGUGAUCAAAUCUUUUGUUUCGGACUAAAACCUACAUUUUUUUUUUCUUUUCUAAAUUUCACGUUUGCUGAAUUUAUCCAAUCUGUACUUAUGUGUAUAUAAAAAACACAAAACAAAAUACUCCAAUGAAUACAUAGAGUUUGUAAUAAAUUCCAAGUUCAGACUGAUCCAAACUAUUCGAUCUUAUGCUUUAUAGCUGCAUAUGUUUGGCAAUACUUUCAAGAGGACCACAAUAAAAUAAAGGGAGAAAAAAUGGUACAUUUCAA